AAGUUGGAAGAAAAGAAUGAAGCGGUGUGUGGGACUUAACCUAAUUUACAUCUUUGUUUUURCGCGACUUAACCUAAUUACACGUACCGGCUAGUUUUAAAUUUAAAAAGAUAAUGGAAAAAGAGGAUUUGCCAGAAACCAUCAACAUUGCAACGCUUUAUAAAUAUACCACCGAAUAUAAUGCAGACUCUGUUGAAUGGUGUCCUCACGAUCCUUGUAAGCAUUUGUUUGUGUGUGGGACUUACCAAUUAAUAGAACACAAAGACAAUAAGACGAGUAAACGAGUGGGUUGCAUUUUACUAUUCUCUGUCAGUCGUAAUGGUUUAGAACUGCAGCAAAAGCUUGAUACCCCAGCUGUUUUGGACCAAAAGUGGUGUCCGAACCCAAUUGGAGGCCUUACUAUAUUAGGAGUAGCUAAUGCAGAACGCAGUCUUGCGUUAUACCAGAUAGAAAAUAAUCAACUGAAAUUUCUAACAAAGUUUGUCUUCCUUGACGAUGAUACAGAAACACUGAUUUUGUCCCUUGAUUGGUCAACUAAUAAAUAUAGUUGCCAACAGCCCCAUAUAGCUUGUAGUGAUUCUAAGGGAAAUAUUCAUUUGUUGCAACUGGUGGAAAAUGAACUGGUUUUGGAGCAGACUUUUCAUGGCCAUGAGUUUCAAGCCUGGAUAACUGGGUUUUACUAUUGGGAUCCUAAUAUAUUUUUUAGUGGCGGUGAUGAUUCCCUUAUGUUGUUAUUCGACAAAAGAUGUGGAACUUCUCCCUUAAAAAAAAUUCGUUAUGAUGCAGGUGUAACGGCGUUGCAUUCCAAUAAGUCUCAUGAAUACAUAAUAGCAGCAGGAAGUUAUGAUGAGCAAGUAAAAUUGUUGGAUACUCGCACCUGUAAGCCCAUAGACAGCGUUCGAAUGCCAGGGCCUCUAUGGCGGCUAAAGUGGGAUCCUUUCGUUCAAACACAUCUGAUAGCAUCGUGUAUGCUAGGAGGUGUACAUAUUAUUAAUACGGAUCAGUGCAAUAGUAUGAGUAUUAUUGACAGUUACUACGAGCAUGAAAAUAUUGCAUAUGGGGGAGACUGGUCUUUCCUAGAUAGCUGUGAAGUGGAUAAAUUUGAUCACAAAGGUAAUCUUGUUUUUGCGUCUUGUUCCUUUUAUGAUAAUUUGUUAUGUGUAUCGAAGUGUGCAGUUGAUUUGCAAAGAGAGUAAACAUAUUUUAAAGAA